AUGCCUCCGAAUCGGUGGGAGAAGACGAAAAGCAUUUCGAAAAAAGGCUUCGAUAAAGCAUGGAAUACAGUCGAUAAAUUGGGCGGGCCCGUCAACCGCUUGUCAAACAAGCUGGGCGCCGAAGCCUUCUGGCCCAUGACCAUUGACAAGGAAGCCGAUAAAGCCGCGCGCAUUCUACGCAGUUUUUGCAAAGAUGGUUUCUACGCCCCCGAGUCUACGAAGGAUACCGAUGACAAUGGCAAGAUCAAUCGCCCCAAGGGCAAGCAACGCGUUAUCCAGAAAAUCCCAUCUAAGGUUCUGAGGAACGCAAAGGGAAUCGCCAUCUUUACCACCAUGCGCACCGGUUUAUGGAUGAGUGGUUCGGGUGGUAGUGGCGUGCUGCUCGGUCGCCUCCCCGACACCGGCGAAUGGAGCCCCCCGUCGGGUAUCAUGCUACACACAGCUGGUAUAGGCUUCCUGGCCGGGGUGGAUAUUUAUGACUGUGUCGUAAUCAUCAACACGGUGGAGGCGUUGGAAGCGUUCAAGAAGUUCCGCUGCACGCUCGGCGGCGAGGUGAGCGCUGCAGCCGGCCCCGUUGGCAUUGGCGGCGUACUUGAAACCGAGGUGCACAAGCGCCAGGCUCCAAUCUGGACAUACAUGAAGAGCAAGGGAUUAUAUGCUGGCGUUGCCGUUGACGGUACAAUCAUCAUUGAGCGUACCGAUGAGAACGAACGCUUCUACGGCGAGCGGUUAUCUGUCGACCAGAUUCUGUCCGGCAAAGUCCGUCACCCACCUCACGAACUCGAAACCCUUAUGCAGACUCUCAAAGCCGCACAAGGCGACUCAGAUGUUGACGAGAGCCUCGUUCCCCCACCGGGAGAAACGCCAGGCGACUUGGAAUUGACAGCAGAAGAUUAUCACACCUUUGGCGUGCCAGCGCCGGACGACCCCGAUCCGUAUGGAGUGAAGGCGUUGGAGGCGGAAGGACUUUUCAUCCGUGAGGCUGGUACCAAGGCGAGGCCGAAUCGUGAGACGUUUGAAUUCCGGCCCAAUUUGGACAGCCCUAUCUAUAGCACUUUCUCGCGGCGCAGCGCAGAUAGCUCGCCGCGGAACAGUUGGCGUGCGAGUGUUCAGAGCUCGAAGAGCUUCAAAAGCUACGCUAGCGUCGACCGUGGUACGCAGACUGAUGACUCCCCUCUGACCGCCCCAACGUCAGUGAGCCGCACGUCUUCUCGAAGCGCGAAGGAGUCGCCGUCGAUGAGUCCCUGGGGUGAGAUUGGAGACUCGUCUCAUUGGGAUACGGUUGCUAUUCAUGGCGGUGAAGAGGAGGAGGUGAAGGUCCGUCAGUUAGAGGGCGACCAGGCCGAGAUUAGAAGAGAAAGCGCCCUUGCCUGCGAGGACAAACAGGAAGAUGAUGACGAUGAAGAUGAAUAUGAGGUCCACGAGGUCAGCAAUGCAAUGAUCACCCCAAGAGAGAGUGUUCCCGCCUCGCCGACGAAGCCAGAAGACCAAACAACAGAUAGCGAUGCUAAACGUUUGUCGCCGAGCUUCAUUCGGGCACGCCUUGUCACCAUCCCGGCUCGCCCCCCGCCUGCUCUUCCACCGCGCCACCCACAGCACAUCUGGGGUUCUGGCUCCAGCCGUGGGUCUACCUCGCCCACGGCCCGCUCCCAUUCCAGCCAUAACACCUCACCAACAACCGAUGUCACCGAGGGAGCUGAGCCUGACGAGCAUGUGGAUGGUGCUUCCGAAGUGUCUUUAUUGGCAAGACAGCUCAAGACCGCGACUGCAGUCCCCGCUGUGAUUGAAGAGGAUGACAAGGACGAGUUCCUUUCCGCUAACGGCGACGAGGAACAUGCCGAGGACCAACCUAUUACACUCGAGGAUCACACUGCCGAGAAGGAACCCAAGGAGAAGGAAGAUUCCAAGGAUGUUGAAUCUGAGAUGUCACCUCGGCUUGAGAAGACUCCUCAUGUCCCCGGGCUGGCACUUAAUGUCAAUGAUACACCCGAGGUGGAAAAAACACUCGACAAGAUUGAGGCCAAGCUUGAGGCUGAGGUUGUACACCCCGAAGGCCAAGCAUCAAACAAGCCAUACGCCCACGUCCUUGCUGACCAUGAAGAGCACGAAGAGUCUCCCGGCGGGACCAAGGUCGACACCACUCUGCCUCACGUCAGGGCUGAUUAA